CUAAUACAGUUAGCACAGGAGCUAAACAACAGCCGUUAGCAGGAGGUUUGGUGCUUUAAGAUACGACAUGGUUUGUUUUUAAACCGGUUGUUAUCAGAUCUUCUUACAUUUGUUCCUGCUUUUUGUUCGCGUUAACAGUACGUCCAAUGCAGUCAGCUGAAGAGUCGGUGGAGAACGCCUCCAUCCUUUCGAGCGGCGCGGCGCAGGAGGGCCAUCGCCUGUGGAUUGGCAACAUCGACCCUAAAAUCACAGAGUAUCACCUGGUGAAGCUCCUGGAGAAAUUUGGGAAAGUGAAGCAGUUUGAUUUCCUGUUCCACAAGUCGGGACCGCUGGAGGGUCAGCCGAGAGGAUACUGCUUCGUCAACUUCCACACCAAAGAGGAGGCAGAACGAGCCAUUCAGUGUCUUAAUGGAAAGCUGGCUUUGUCCAAGAAACUGGUGGUGCGCUGGGCCCACGCUCAGAGAUUUGAGCCCUACAGAGGAGAUAAGAACCUUCUUUCCAGCCUGGAGCCGUCCUGCAGUGAGACAGAGGAGCAGCCGACCUCUCUGAGUGUGAGUGCGAAGAUUAAAGCGAUCGAAGCCAAGCUGCAGAUGAUGGAGGAGAACGUGGAUGAGGAAUACGCAGGACCGUCGCCGUACCUCUACAACAAACCUCCUGAGAAGAAGGACAAGAGAUCUCAGCCUUAUAACAAACAGUUCCGCAGGUUCAAGAGAUGACCACCUGUUGGAAUAUAAACAUACACACACACACACAUGCUGAGGACUUGUGUUUAAUAAAAACACACAUACACUCUUACACCAGUGUACUGUCAAGACCGGAGCAAGAGGAGGAGAUGUGAGUGUGUGUGUGUGUGUGUGUGUGUGUGCGUGUGUGCGUGUGUCUGCGUGCGUGAGUGCAUGAGUGCGUGUACGUGUGUCUGAGAGAGAGGGAGAGAGACACCGCUCUCUUUCUGUCUCUCUUUUCCAAGUUUUUUUUUAAUAAAUAUAUUAAGCUUUUGUACGUUUUGUAAUUUUUAGGUUUUCUUCCGUUCCUUUCUUCCCGUCUAAACGAGACACUUAUUUGUGCUUUAGGUCCAUCCUCAUCGUUGUUGUCUGUGUUUCUGUGUCGUGUAUUUUCGAGAUUGGAGAAAUUAUCAUUAGUGUAAGUAAUAAUAACUUUCCUCCAAGAAAUUUGAUCACGUGAUCUCUGCAGCGACAUGUCGUCAUGUGUCGUGUUGUUGAGGUUGCUGCUACAUUUUAAACCCAUUAUAACAAACAACACAAGUCCAUAAACUGUUAGACCUGACAUUGAGCUGCAGCUGUGUUUUCAGUAUUUAUUACAAUCAAGAUGAAGUCUGAGGUAGUUAUUAGGUUUAUAUUUAACCCUAAAUUAGAAACGAUCAUUAUCUCACUUCUAGGUCGGAGAAACAAGUCGUCUGACAUGAGAACUCUUAUUAACAGCCUUAACCUUUAUACAGCCAACAGCUUAAUUAUUAUCUAAAAUGUCAUGUAAUGAUUAGGUUUAUUUUUUGCUCUUAAACUAAUUCUCAUCUUUUCACAAAUUCUAGUGAAAAAUAUAUAUUAAAAAGUGUGUGUGUGUGUGUGUGUAAGUAAGAAUGUGAGUGAGUGUGAAUUAUUGCGUCAUAACUCAAUGCCAGUUUCUUUUUUUUUCCACAAUAAUAUUAGCCCCGCCUGUGAUCGUGUUUCAAAUUUGCAUAUUCAAAUAAGUUGUCAUUUGCAUUAGGCUUAAAGGUUUCUGUGCAGAAUAACUGCUUUUGUAAAGUUGCUUUUUUGUGAAACCUGUGAAUAGAAGUCCGACUCAAUAAACUAAUAAUGUUCAAAGCU